AUGUCGGACUCAAAGCAGAGGUCAAUUCUGAUCACCGGAUGUUCCCAAGGGGGUGCCGGUAACGCCCUAGCCCUACAAUUUGCCUCCAAGGGGUUCCGCGUCUUUGCGACCGCUAGAUCGCUGAAGACUUUGACCAACCUACAAGCGAACGAUAUCGAAACUCUCACUCUCGAUGUCACGGACGCAACAAGUAUCAAGGCUCUAGCGGCGGAAAUUUCUCGUCGUACAGGAGGUUCCUUGGACAUACUAUUCAACAAUGCGGGCACUCUUUAUGAAGCACCCGCCAUCGAGGCAGAUCCUGCCCGCGUGCGUGCACUCUUCAACACCAACGUUUUUGGCCUCAUGGAAGUGACUACUGCCUUCACCCCUCUCCUACUCGCCGGAAUGAGUGCAGGCUUCUCGCCGAUAAUAGUUAACGUCGCCUCCGUCCUAGCGCGCCUCCCGAAUCCAUUCGCUUCCGCUUAUAAUGCUAGUAAAGCGGCUGUAGCAUCCUACUCGGACACUCUUCGACUCGAGUUGCAGCCGCUUGGCAUUAAAGUCAGAACCUUAUACAUGGGAGAAGUUUCGACUCCCUUGAUGGCGGCGGACAAUAUUAACUUUGGCCCGGAGAGUAUCUAUCGCGUGGUGGAGGAUUCUGUAAAGGCGAGAACAACUACUCACCUUGAAAAGACGAUGGCGCCGGCCCAGUUCGCCCGGGAAGUUGUGGACGAAGUUAUCAAUGGAAAGAGCACCUCGAUUUGGAAAGGUACUAAUGCCUUUACGGUUUGGUUUUUGAACGCUGUGGGGCCAAGGAAUGUAUUCGACAGUACUUUGUUGAAGGGGGCUGGACUAGACAAGGAAGCGGCCAGGUCGAGUAUUUUCAAGCGUGGCCAAGAAAAAGCUGAAGAACGCGUGAGGAAAGGGUCAAACGUUUAG